AUCUAACAACUUCGACAACAAGAAACAACUUCGAAAACAACCAGUGAGAGUGUUUUUUUAGUGUAUAUGAAAACCGUUUUUUGUUUGUGGAUCUAAAAAAAAUUAAAAAUUUGCUUGACCUGCAACAAUUUAAAAUCAUUUGUGAAUGGCGUUAUUAUUGAUAUAUCGUUAUUUGUGAUUUUUUUUUUUUGGUUUUUGAUUUAAACCCUAAUGCAGGGCUUGUGUGAUUUUUGUUUUGUUUAUAAUGUGUCGUGUUGUGUGGCGAUUAUUGUGUAAAAGCAUGUCCCAUGGAUAUUUAUUACUUCUUUUCCUGUUUCUUCUUCAGUUCUUACAGUGCGUGAGAUGCCGUGGCUAUUUCGAACUACAAAUACUUGCAAUAACAAACUAUCGUGGUGAAUUAGCGUCUGGUGAAUGUUGCGGAGGUUUGCCACGACCGACAGGCGGUGGAGCAUGUACGCAACCAUGUCAUACAUUAUUUCGUGUAUGCUUAAAAGAGUAUCAGAGUAAUGUAUCACCAACGGGGCUAUGCUCAUUUGGUAAUAUUUCCAGUCCUGUUUUGGGCACAAACACAUUUACAUUGGCUGAUCCAGAACGUAGUAAAUUAAAAUUACCUUUUACAUUCCGAUGGACGAGAUCGUUCACUCUAAUUUUACAAGCAGUCGAUCAUAAUAAUUACACGCAACCAGCUGUAAAUAGUAUCAUUGAAGAAGCAAUUUAUUCAGGUAUAAUUGUACCAAGUGAGGAAUGGCAUCCACUCAGUCAUACGGGGAAGAAUGCUAUGAUUAAUUAUUUGGUGCGAGUACAAUGUGAUACACAUUAUUAUAAUACAACGUGUACAAAAUUUUGUCGUCCACGUGAUGAUAAAUUUGGUCAUUACAAGUGUAAUUCAAAGGGUGAUAAAGAAUGCAUAGAUGGAUGGACUGGAACAAAUUGUGAAAUUGCUGUAUGUAAACCAGGAUGCCACCCAACACAUGGAAAAUGUGAUUUACCUGGUGAAUGCGGAUGUCGUCAAGGAUGGCGUGGUGAAUUUUGUGAUCAAUGUACACCGUAUCCUGGCUGCAAACAUGGUUACUGCAAUGGUACAUCAUGGCAAUGUAUUUGCGACACAAAUUGGGGCGGCAUUCUUUGUGAUCAAGAUCUAAAUUAUUGUGGAACACAUGAACCGUGUCAAAAUGAUGGGACCUGUGCGAAUACAGCACCCGAUUCAUAUCUAUGUACAUGCCCUGAAGGAUUUUCAGGUGUUAAUUGUGAGAUAGUGGAUAAUCCUUGUGCCACCGCGCCAUGUCAACAUGGUGGCACGUGUCAUGAGACUGCGGCCACUGGCACUGCUGUUGGUGGACAAUUUACGUGCACCUGUCCACCAGGUUGGACUGGUAUCACCUGUCAAAUUGAUGUGGACGAAUGCGCAUCAGCACCAUGUCAAAAUGGCGGAACUUGUAUCGAUCAAGAAAAUGGGUUUCGUUGUGAAUGUCCACCAGCUUGGGAAGGAAGUGUUUGCCAAAUUGAUGCGGACGAAUGUGUAACAAAUCCAUGUAUAAAUGCAGUAUCGUGUACAAAUUUAGUUGGUGACUAUCGAUGUAAAUGCCAAAAUGGUUGGUCUGGAAAGAAUUGUGAUCACAAUAUUAACGAUUGUGUUGGACAAUGUCAACAUGGCGCUACAUGUAUUGAUUUAGUUAACGAUUAUCAUUGCGCUUGUCAAGCUGGUUAUACUGGACGUGAUUGCCAUACGGAUAUUAAUGAUUGUGAAAGUAAUCCUUGUAAAAAUGGUGGCGAAUGUGUUGAUCAAGUUGAUAGUUAUCGAUGUAUUUGUCCAGUGGGAUUUACCGGCCACCAAUGUGAGGACGAUCAUGAUCAUUGUUCACCAAAUCCUUGCGUAAAUGGUGCUCAUUGUUUCACCACACAAUCGGAUUAUUAUUGUCAUUGUCCUGAAAUGUGGCAAGGGAAAAAUUGUAGUAUACCAAGAACGCUAGACACAUCUUGCAAUGGCGGAGCCUGUGACAAUGGAGGAAUUGUUGAUAGCUGUACAGUUCCAACAGUUUCGGGAAAUGGGAAUGGAAAUAUAAUUACAACAACAAAUAUAUGUGGCGAACAUGGACAUUGUGUUAGUCAACCUGGAGGUGGAUUCCGUUGUUCUUGUGUUCCUGGUUAUACUGGAAAAUAUUGCCAUGAGAAUAUCAAUGAUUGCAAAGUUAAUCCUUGCCAAAAUGGUGGAACUUGUGUGGAUAAAAUUAAUUCGUUUCAAUGCAUGUGUAAAGAAGGAUGGGAGGGUGAAGUCUGCGAAAAAAAUACAAACGAGUGCAGUUCAAAUCCAUGCCAAAAUAAUGCAAGUUGUAUCGAUAGUAUCGCUGACUUUAUAUGUGAAUGUCGUGACGGUUGGAAAGGAAAAACAUGUGCUUUAAAAGAUGGCCACUGCGAUCGGAAUACAUGUCGAAAUGGUGGAACUUGCCAAGAUCUUGGUAACACGUAUACAUGUCAUUGUCCUCCAGAAUGGGAAGGCACGUCAUGCCAUAUUGCAAAAGUAUUGGCAUGCAAAUCGAAUCCCUGUUUAAAUGGUGGCACAUGCGUAAACACCGGUGAAUAUUAUUCGUGCAUCUGUAAAGAUGGUUUCGAAGGACAACACUGCGAGAAGGACAUCGAUGAUUGUAAUCCACCACCGUGCUAUAAUAAUGGAAAAUGUGUUGAUGGUGUUAAUUGGUUCUUGUGUGAAUGUGCCCCUGGUUUUACUGGUCCGGAUUGUCGUAUAAAUAUUAACGAGUGUUCGUCAAAUCCAUGUGGUUAUGGCAGCACUUGUGUGGAUGGUAUUGGUGAUUUUCAAUGUAUUUGUCCACCAGGACGUAGUGGUCCACGAUGUGAACAAGUUGAAAACGUACCAUACAUCCCUGGAUUUUGUAUUUGGAAUGGAAAUUAUUUAGUGAAUAAUGCAACAUGGUUUAAUGAUUGUAAUACUUGUAUCUGCGAAGAAGGCAAAGUGAAAUGUACUCGAGUAUGGUGUGGUCUUGGUAAUUGUUUAGGACAAUCAACACCGAAUGGACGUUCUGUUAUCUGUCAAUCAAAUCAGGUUUGUGUACCUUCUCCGCGGGAAUCCUGUUUGACAGCACCGUGUACACCGUGGGGUGAAUGCCGAAACUUAGAAAGUGGUCGACGUGUUGGUCCACCAUCUUUACCAGCUCCACAAUCCUGUUGGCCCAAUCAAGCUACACUAUCGAAUGCAUGUGCACGAUUAACCUUACUUUUGGAUCGAAAUAAAUUACCAAUAGGUGUUACAACUGAGAAAUUGUGUAUUUCAAUGAGAAAAUUAUUGGCUGCACAUCAAGCAUCACAGGGCUUACAAGAUGUACUUAUUUUAUUAUGUGACCUAAAAACUGGCUUUAACGACACUAUUGAAGUCACUUUGUCAUCUAAUACAAGAGAAGUAGAAAAUAAAGCAGUUUUAGAUGGAAUUAAAGUAUUAGCUGAAGCGAUAAGUAGAAAACAAACAAGUUUAGAAGCAUUAACUUCAAUCGUUGAAGUAAAAGUAGAGACUGCAUUUGCAGUAAGCGAAGAAAAGAGUGGCUCAACAAUAGCACUUGUUUGUAUAAUAUUAAUAAUAAUAUGCACAAUAAUAUGUGCAGCAGUAUUUUAUUGGCAUCAAGGACGACGUGGCAGAAGUUUAAGUGGUGUCAAUUUAUCAGGAUCAACAGGUGAUAGUUGUCAUCGGCAUCAUGACGAUGAGAAAUCAAACAACCUACAGAACGAAGAGAAUCUACGAAGGUAUGCAAACACCUUAAAAGAAGAAGGCAGUAGUAUAGGAGGCAGUAUGGGAAGUUUACGAGGUGUAGUUAACUCCCCAAGUGGUUCUUGCAGCAUGGGCAAGACAAGCAGUUCACAAGGCAGUUUAGAUUUACAACUAGCCAAAGUGAGUGUUGUUCGACCAAUGUCAGCAAUGUUGCCGGUUGAUUCCAGCACCGAAAUGCUGGAAAUGAUAUCAGAAACAGAUUGCCAAGGUCGAUCAAAUAAAGGUGUAUCAAUGGUAGUGGCUGGGCCCAGCAACGAUCUACAAUUUAAUCCAGCCCAUCGUAAAAGUCAAAUAUUAUUAUACAAAGCACAAAAUGCUGAUGUACGCAAAAAUACGGUCGCGUAUGAUGAUUCGUGUGCGCACAAAGAUUUCCCAAAACGUGCAAUUAACAUGAAUGUGUUACCACACGUUCAGCGGACUAAUGCCUUACCAAUUGACAGUGGGGGCAGUGACAAUUUGACGAUUCUUAUGGGAGUACCAUAGUGUUAUUAUAUAAUAUUUAGUGAUGACGUAACUUAUAAACAAGUGACACUUUAGAGUUUUUUUUUUUAUUAAUAUAUAACUAUUAAUGUGCUUUGUGAUUUUAUAAACAAUUAAAUUUGAUUGACGCAUGCGCGUGAACUGCCCGAGUGCCAGUUUAAAUAAACAAGUGACUACUACGAACAUUAACAUUUAAAAAUUGUGAACUGUUGAUAUGAUGAUCUCGUGAUAACUCGUUUUGACUCAGACCUUAAACUCUGUGCUUAAACAAACUUCAUUUUGUUUGUUGACGUG